AUGGCCCACUCACCGUCGGGAUCGCACGCGGCGGCGCCCUCGAUCGGGGACGAUGCCUUCACCGACGCGGUGGCGGAGGACGGCGGCGACUCCAAGCUCUCCGCGCUCCUCUUCGACGUGUCGCAGCAGGUGCAGGGCGGUCUCCAGAGCAUGCUCAAGAUGAGCAGCGAGAUCGCGCGGUGUGACGGCGAGAUCGACGCGGAGGUGGAGCGCGCGAGGGAUGCCGUGGCGGAGAAAGGCCGGGCGCUGCACGACGAGCGGGAGAGGGUCCAGAAGGCCGCCCUCGCCGCGCUCGACAUCCUCAGCGGCGGCCGUGGCGCCAUCUGA